AUGCGAUUAUACACCACAACGCCUCCCAAAGAAAAGCCAGAUGUUAUUGUUGUCGGUAGCGGCGUCGCCGGCGUGUGCACAAGCAUUGCCGCCGCUGAGAAAGGCGCGUCGGUGUUGUUAAUCGACCGCAACCACGGCGGCGGCGCAUCAGCCAUGUCUGGUGGUGUUGUGUACGCAGGAGGAGGAACCAAGCAGCAAAAAGAAGCUGGAUAUGGCUUCGACACGCCGGAAAACAUGAUGGCGUACCUGCGUGAAGAGGUUGGCGACGCCGUACGGGAGAAGACGUUGAAGCGGUUCUGUGACGAGAGCGUCUCGCGCCUCGAAUGGCUGGAGAAGCACGGCGCGCGGUUCGAGGCAUCCAUGUGUCCGUAUAAGACGAGCUUUCCCACCGACAAGCACUAUCUAUACUACUCGGGUAACGAGAAGUCUCAUCCUUUCGACACCAUUGCGAAACCUGCCCCGCGAGGCCACCGGAUGGUCCAUCCAGGGUUCUCCGGCGCAGGACUCUGGCGCGCGCUGUUUGAUUCAGCCAUGCGACUAGGUGUUCAGUUCUUACCGGCCUCCAAAGUUGAGCGUGUAUUGCUCGACAGCAACGGAUCUGUCUCGGGGAUCGAGCACCGGACUCUCCGCCAUACGAGCCCAAACUUCCCAAAACACAAGAAGCUUUGCCAGGGAGCGUUGAAAUACCAGCUCCUUCUUGAACCUCUUGCGAAUAGAAUGACUCGCCGUGCCCAAGGAAUUUGGCAGCGAGAGUCCAAACUCGAGACAACUAGUGCACCGGCCGUCGUCAUCUCGGCCGGUGGGUUCGCCUUCAAUCCAGAGAUGCGACAGGAGCAUCUCCCCGAAUGGUCCAACGUCAAAGCCCUCGGCACGCCGGCCGAUGACGGAUCUGGUAUCAAGCUCGGCCAGGCAGCUGGAGGUUCUGUAUCUCAUCUUAACAGAAUGUCCGCUUGGCGAUUUCUUUAUCCACCCUCGGCCCUCUUGGAGGGCAUCAUCGUCUCCGAUGGUGGUCAGCGCAUGAUGGCCGAGGAUGUUUACGGAGCCGCCCUCAGCGAAACCAUCAUCCGGCACUUUGGAGGCAAGGCCUUCGUCAUACUUGAUUCCGCACUAAUGGCAAAGGCGAAGAAACAAGUGUGGGCGCAAAUGCAGAUGCCUGGCAAAGCGCAAGCAAUCGAGUGGUUGUAUUGGAGCAGGAAAAAGGCAAACUCGCUUGAGGCACUAGCCAGAAAAUUGGGCAUAGCAUCAGACGGUUUAAGUCACACUAAAACACCCGACUACUGCUCGCCAAUCACCCAGGGACCUUUCUACGGCAUCGACGUUUCGAUCACAGCCGAAGGAGUCCACGCUGUACCGGGACUUACCCUUGGCGGUCUACGGGUCGACGAAGAUACUGGACUUGUUUUGAAUGAAAAGGAUGAGAAAAUCAUCGGUCUCUACGCCGCUGGGCGGUCUGCUGUGGGGGUUUGCUCAAAUGGAUACAUCAGCGGGCUCUCCAUUGCGGACGGCGUCUUUGCAGGAAAGAGAGCGGGAGAGCAUGCUGCAAAUCAUAGAUAG